GAACAACCCAAAAACGCGAUGUCACUCAAGCGAAUACUAAACCCUGUGGAUCAUCACGAGAGCUAUGAUGAAUAUACGUCUGAAAGCGAUCGUUCUCUUAGCCGCAGAAGAAUCGAGGACGAAAGUGAACAGCCUAGUACCGACACCCUCUCUUCGAUAGCUCCAAGUGACACUCUUUUGGAUCCUACGGAAACUUUCGAAGGGUUUAUGGUUGGGGUUGAGCCUACUCGUGUGGAGCUUAUAUGCUAUGGGAUGAUCGUUCAUGAAUUAGCUAAAUUGGUUGGAAAGGGUGAAGAAUUAGAGAAAAAGCUUCAGUAUCUACUGAAGCAUGGCAGUAGCUACACCCCCCCUUCGACUCAUACAUUGGCACUUUCCAAAUCCAGAGAUAAUCAGAUUUUUCUAAAAUUCGCAGAUGGUAUGGAAUUGGGAUACCUAUCCGAAAAAAUGAAACAUGGGUUGGAUAAUCUCAUUGAUAAACCCCUGGUCGAGUUCAAUGCGGUGAUCCAUUUGAGAAAUGUCAUAGAUGCCAUUAGCCGAGCUCGCAAGUCAUCGGAGGCCAGAUUUCGAGUCAAUAUAAAUGUUUACGGCCCUGAAGAAGAUAGAAGACACGUGGGAAAAGAGCUUUCAGACAAGGGUCUUUUCUUACAGAAACCUGACGAGCGCAGACAGGGAACCCUUUAUGAUAAUCCUCAUAUUCUCCCAUUGGAUGAUAUGGAUGAUUCAGUUGACAAUGAUACCGAUCAUGCUGAACAUGAUCAUAGCGAUCAAGGAGAAAUUUUAAACUCGUCAUCUGAUAGCAGGGAUGAGAAUAUUCAACAGACUAUGGCAGGAGUUUUUAGCUCCUUGACACGGGGAGACGAACUUAAUUGUGUAUCGGGAAGCGAAAUCUUGAACUGUCCACUGUAUCCCCAUCAAGAACAAGCUUUAGACUUCAUGCUACAGCGUGAGACCGGGGAUAUUCCUGCCAAAUAUCGGAUGUGGCAAUCUAAAGAUAUCGAUGGCCAGAAAAUGUACUGCCAUACCAUCACAAACUUCCAACAUCGCGACCCCCCGGAUGAAAGUGGAGGUGGAAUUCUAGCCGACGAAAUGGGAAUGGGAAAGACCUUGACAACUCUAGUACUCAUCGGAAGAACUCUUAAUGAUUCAUAUAGUUGGGUUUCUGGAAGAAAGAAUCAUAUUGAAGGUCCUUUUUGUAAAAAGCCUUGUCACGCAACUCUGAUUAUUGUCCCGUCACUUGUUUUGAUCAACACAUGGACUCGUGAAGUCGAGAAACGUCUGAAUGACAAGACAACUGUUCUAAAGUACCAUGGGCGAGGAAGGAAACAAGAUAUUUCAAACAUUGAAAAAGUUGACAUCGUCAUAACGACUUACAGCAGCCUUGCCAAAGAGUAUGGUAUGGAGGUAGAAGGACGCAGUCAAAGCCUAUUACAUGGAUAUGAUUGGUAUCGAGUGGUAUUGGAUGAAGCACAUACAAUUCGCCGCCAGGCAACAACUUUUCAUAAAGCCGUAACUAGUCUAUCAGCUCAUUCGCGAUGGUGUCUCUCCGGAACUCCUGUGCAAAACACUUUGAUGGAUCUGGGCGCUCUACUGGCUUUCAUUCAGGUGAAACCGUUCCAUAAUGUCGGAAACUUUAGGCAUUGGAUCGCUACGCCGUUUCAAGAGAAGGCCAGGAGGCACCAAGCAAUAGAAAGACUUGUUUUUCUCCUGGAUUCAAUGUGUCUUCGUCGCACAAUUGAUCGGAUUGACCUUCCAGGUCAUCGUGAAUGCAUACGCGAAGUUGUCUUUAGUCCUGAGGAACGUGAACAGUACGUAGAUACUUGGCAAACGAUGCGCAGGAUAUUUGAUCAGCAGGCAGGUCAGUAUAGUCACCAAGAAGCCUCGUUCCGUAUGCUCCAAGUUCAUUUGGAGCUCAGGAGCCUUUGCAAUCAUGGCACAUACCAACCACAGUUUUCAUGGGCCAAGAGAUAUAGCUUGCUCGACGAUGAAAAUAAUUCAUUAUGCUCACUCACGCGCACAAGCAUGACCCGUUGCUUAUACUGUCGGAAUCCAAUGCCCAUUACACCUCGAAACCAACGUUCACAAUACAUAGAACAAUGCAGUCACGCUCUAUGCAGCGAGUGCUUACAAGUUACUAACAAACAGCUGGGCCCCAUGGAGGAAGUACAUUGCCCGUUAUGCAAGUCGCUCAGAACAAAGACAACAGCUGGAGAUACCAACGGCUACUUUAAGACUAUUGGUCGCUCGACGAAACUUGAAAUCCUUGUUUCUGACGUACAGGACAAUUUGGCGAAUACAAGCAGCAUCAUAUUUUCUUGCUGGACAAGAACUCUAGAUCUGAUCGGAGCAUACCUGAGCAAUGCCAAGAUCCAGUUUUCUCGCAUCGAUGGCAAAACUCCUUCAACCGUUCGCCAGAAGAUUUUGGAUGAAUUUGUGGAAUGCAAAAACUCCUCGGUUUUGAUAAUGACAACCGGGACUGGUGCCUUUGGGUUAAAUCUCCGCUCGGUCAAUCGGGUCUUCAUUGUCGAGCCUCAAUGGAAUCCUAGUGUAGAGAAUCAAGCAAUCGCCCGUGCUAUUCGCCUAGGUCAGAAAGAGCAGGUUUUGGUAAUUCGAUACCGCGUUCAGGAUAGUAUUGAGCAAGACAUGUAUUCUCAACAGAAGCAAAAGUUGAGAAUCAGCAAAAUGGAUUUUCAAAAAGAUUUGCAGUCAUUCAGAGAUGGUGGACAAUAA